AUGCCUGGCCGACUUGAAGGUAAGGUGGCGAUUGUCACCGGUGGUGGGAGCGGGUUCGGAAAGGCCAUUGCGACCAAAUUUAUCCAUGAAGGCGCCAAAGUGCUCAUUGCCGAAAUGAACCCAGCAAGCGGUGAGGCUGUGGCUAAAGAACUGGGGUGCGCGGCCAUCAAGGCCGACGUGACCAACCGCCAAGACUGGAAGAAUGUUUUGGACAAGUCGAUUGAGUUGUACGGCGGCCCUGAUAUCGUGGUUAACAAUGCUGGAACAUGCUACUCGAACCAGCCAUCCGAAGGCGUUCCCGAUGACGAAUUCGAUCUCGUUGUUUCUGUCAACUUCAAGUCGAUUUAUCUCUCGGUGGCGGUCAUUAUACCAUGGAUGAAGGAACAUAAGAGCGGCGGCUCAUUCAUCAAUAUCGCAUCCACGGGAGCCACGAGACCGAAACCACGAUUGACAUGGUACAACGGAACAAAGGCUGCUGUGUGCUGUGCUUCCAGGUCGCUGGCACAGGAAUAUGCCCCCAACAACAUCCGAUUCAAUUCGAUAUGCCCGCAGUUUGCCAGCACAGGAUUGUCGCACAAAUUCCUCGGCAAGGAGAACACACCGGAGAAUCGAGCCUAUUUCGUAUCGUUGAUUCCUCUGGGAAGAUUGACCGAUGUUACCGACAUUGCCAAUGGUUGCUGCUACCUGGCCAGUGACGAGGCGAGCUAUGUUACCGGCACCGAGUUGAUUAUUGACGGCGGCCGAAGUGCGUAA